AUGACCGAUGAGCACGUUAAAGACACGAUGGAGGAGUUCCUUUUCUCCCAUGGUUACCAAAUGGGCAAAACCAUUGGGGAAGGGACAUAUUCGAAGGUCAAGGAAGCUUUUUCAAAGAAACACCAGCGAAAAGUGGCCGUGAAAAUUAUAGACAAAAUGGGAGGACCAGAAGAGUUUAUCGAGAGAUUCCUUCCCAGGGAGCUUCAGAUCGUCAAGCGCUUGGAUCACAAGAACAUCAUCCGCGUAUACGAGAUGCUGGAGUCAACCGACGGGAAAAUCUACCUGGUGAUGGAGCUGGCAGAAGACGGCGAUGUCUUUGACUGUGUCCUGCAAGGCGGGCCCUUGCCCGAAAGCCGAGCAAAAGCCCUCUUCUGUCAGCUGGUAGAAGCAAUCCGCUACUGCCACAGCUGUGGUGUGGCGCACCGCGACCUGAAAUGCGAGAACGCCCUCUUGCAGGGCUUCAACCUGAAACUGACUGACUUUGGAUUUUCCAAACUGCUCCCCAAGAACCGCAAGGAGCUGAGCCAGACGUUCUGCGGCAGCACAGCCUACGCCGCCCCCGAGGUGCUGCAGGGCGUGCCCCAUGAUAGCAGAAAGGGCGACAUUUGGAGCAUGGGGGUGGUUCUCUACGUCAUGCUCUGUGCCAACCUGCCCUUUGACGACACAGACAUCCCCAAGAUGCUGUGCCACCAGCAGAAGGGGGUUUCCAUCCCAGGCCACCUGGGGAUUUCUGAGGAAUGCCAGGACCUUCUCAAAAGCCUGUUGGAACCAGACAUGUUCUUGAGACCUUCCAUCGAAGAAGUGACUUGGCACCCAUGGCUAGCAAACCCCUGA